CGUUACAUUAUCGACAAACGCACUCGGCACGGUCAGUCGCGGCCGAGCCGCGCCGCGCGAGGAGUUCCGAUUUGACGUUUCUCUCCUCGUCGGCUUGCCAACAACUCGUUCGCCUGCAAAUCAUUACAUAGUUGCGAUUUUCUCCAAUCAAUGUGACUUUCGACUUGGUAAAAUGGGAAAGUCUACGUGAAAUUUCCUCGUCAUCGGCCGCCGUCUGACCGUCAUCUCGUAGCUGCGUCAUCGGAGCGGUUCUCCAAGCGCGCAUCGGUCCCUCGAAAGGCACGCUCGUCGCGUACGCCGCUCCUGGUUUGACGGGGCCAAGGACGCUCCGUUAAACACAGCGACGCAGGUGGAAGACGGCACAGACGGCUGUCAAAUCGCGAGAGGAACGGGAGGGUCCAGGAAGGAAGUCUGAGACGAGGCUACGUAGUUUAGCCAUGGCAAGCCUCGCGAGCAGCUCGUCGUCCGCGGGUCUAACAAGAGCCCCGACGAUGCUGGAGCAGCUACUCGAGGAGAUCAAUUUCCAGAGAACAAAGGAGCUUAGACAGAUGCUCAAGGAUGAUUCCGGAUUCGUCGUAUUACAAGGCACAACUUAUUGGACGGACUUGUUCGUCCGGCAUUUCCUGUUUCAAGCGGAGCACGCUAUCGAUGGCGACGACUUGCUUUUCUUUGUUCGAAAAAAACAUGUGAAAACCUCGUCGAGGUAUCUGCCCAAAUUCGAGACCGAGGUCGACGUAUUUCGUAAGGACAGCAAAAAACUGCCGAUCGGCGAUCCCGACAUCGAUUGGGAAGAAACCGUGUACCUGAAUCUCGUCGUACAUCAGUUCGACUAUACGCUCACCUUAGCGAUCUGCACGAGAACGAGCCCCAAGGAAUUGCAAGUACUACGAAGGCAUUCUCAAAAAGUGUACGCCAGUCCAAGUCGACGGCGUAUGGACGCCAAAGGCGAUCUCGAAGAGAUGACAUACCCACACAUAUGCUUUAUGGUAGACAAUUUUGACGAAGUUUUCUGUGAUAUUUUAGUUAGGGACGGGGAAAUGGUAUGCGUGGAGUUAGUCGCUUCCGAUCGAGAGGGUGCCAUCCAAGGUGUCAUCUUUCUCGGUUCCAUCAGAUACGACGCUUUAAAAAAAGUUUACGACGCAAGGUCGAGUCUGAGCACUAAAAUGGCACAGCGAAUGACAUUCGGCCUCUUCUCCGGCGCGGCCUCGCAAAGAAUAGAAUUCGUGCGAAUGAAGGGACCACGUGGCAAGGGGCAUGCGGAGAUGGCCGUUACGAAACCGAAGGGUUCCGGCGCAGAGACGCCGACGUCGGAGCCGGGUUACUGCGCGACCGAUUUAUGGGACGCUGAUUGGGACGAUGCCGAGGAUCUCUUCAUGUAUCGCCAUCAACGAAGACUCUCCGAUCCCAGUGCGAAUCUCAACAACUUUGUGCGCGGCGGCUGGAGAACGAAACCGGACACGGUGGCCACGAAGGCGAGAUCGGAGAACGAGGGUCUCGAUUCCAUGGCGAAUGGUCUCAGCGAAAUCGAAGCCGGUGACGUUCGAGACGCCGAUGUACAGGAUAGCAGCUGGGGCGGCCGGGACUCACCGGGAAAUCGCAGGAGUCCCUGCGCCCCUCGCCGACGAAGAUCGUCUCGUCGGCCGCCGAUCCGGCAACAACAACAUCCCGUCCACAACAAGCAACGACAACAUAACGCUCGGGAACGAUCCGGGAAUGAGAACUCGCCAAUUCGCAAGGAGGCGAUCUAUCGCGAGACACACGGUUUCCAUCACAAUCAUCAGCACAACAAUCAUCAGCAAAACCACCAACACCAACACAUAGAAGUGGGCAGCGAGAUCUUAGUGCCGGCCGGCCGGUGCCUGACGGACGACAACGUCCGGCAAAAGCUAGACUCGGGCGCGAUAUUGGUGCACGGCAAGGAGGAACUGCCGCUGGGUUACGACGUGGGGACGGAUGACAAUAACCGGAAACGACGGCCGUGCAGCGCCGGCCACCUGUUCAAUCAUCACAACGGUCUCGAGAACGACGACGAGGAGCAUCGGCGGCUGAGCGAUGACGAACUCCUGCGGGUGAGACGAAUCGACGGACGACGUCGUCUGCGAAGCGCCGGUUCCGAUCACGAGGACUACGCCAAUGGACAGAACAACAGGAACAAGAACGACGAGAUCAGGGACAAAAACGCAAACGCCCAUCAGGACGCGACGCGCGCCAACAACGACGUCGCGUUCGCGCGUCGCCAGAGCGCCACCCUACCCCGAAGACGACGUCGAAGGGCGCUUUCGGGUAGCUUCGUGGGUAACCCCCUGCCUCCGCAUCGCGUCACACCCGACGGCACCGCGAUCUACUACUGGUGCGAGCUCCCGCGCCGUCCCGGCUCACAGGAAUUGGACGACGGAGCGUAUAAUCCGCUCUGGACGAUGCGAGGGUUUACUCAAACUUUUCAUUUCUGGAAAGAGACGAAAAGAGCGCAGUCCGUACCUCUGAAUGCUUUUUUGACAUAUAUUACAUUACCAUGGUGGAGCAUAGCCAAAGAUAUUUUGGAUCACCGGGAAGGACCUAUCUUAACGUUCUAGCCAACAAUAUAACAUAUAUUUUUUGUCUAAUUUCAAAACUUUCCUUUUUUUACUUUGUACGUAUGUCGUUGUAAGAUUGUGGCCCAAGAAAUAAUAUAUGAUGGAUAUAGUUUAAGUAAUAAAUGAGAAAUAUAUUAUUUACACACAA